UUUCACGAUAAUAACUUGCUUGGCACCUUCGACCUGACGGGAAUUCCACCAGCGCCCCGUGGUGUACCCAAGAUCGAAGUCACAUUCGACAUGGACGCCAACGGUAUCCUAAACGUUUCCGCCAAAGAUACCAGCUCCGGAAACUCGAAAAACAUCACCAUCAAGAACGAUAAAGGCCGCUUAUCACAGAAAGACAUCGACAGAAUGGUAUCAGAAGCGGAGAAAUACCGUGNUUUG